AUGACUUUACAAUUCCCCAUCAUCUCCUUCGACUAUUUCCAACUAAGCCCUGCAAAACGAUUUCUCGCCUUGACCAGACACCCCGGUUUCCUGGAUUCCGAAUUAAUCGACAACAUCUUCCGUGACCUCAAGCCGAUCCACCCUGAUCGGUUGAUUGGGGAAUGGGACGGCUUCGUCCUGUCAACGAGUCAUCCAUUCCAGAAAGAGCUCGAAGAGUUGAACUGGCUCGGCAACACAUUUGAUUCUACCGAGGAUGUAGCUCCGCUCAUAGUCGCGAAAAACGGAAAUCGAGUACGUUUUGACGAUUGGGGAAGUGCUUUGCUACGUGAAAUGAAAUAUCAAGGUGUCGUUUCCGCUGCUCUGGUUUACGACGAACGGCCCGUCAUCGUCCAUUAUCGAGCUGUACGAUCAAACCUAGUUGCAGGUGUCAUGGAGAGCAAAAGCUUUGGUUCAGCAGGGAAAUUCUUCUUUUAUCUAACAAGGUGA